AUGUUCACCGUGGUGGCCCGCCAGCCCUGCGAGCCCGCAGGCUUCAGGGUUCUGUCCCGGACUCCGGUCAUCCUCACCGUGGUGGUGUUGCUCGCGAGCGUGGCAGUCGUGCUGACGAUCACACUCAUCCAGGCGUGGCACUCCCAGGUCCUGUCCCCCGGACUGAAGUAUGGCGUGGUUCUGGACGCCGGCUCUUCUAGAACGACGGCCUACGUGUACCAGUGGCCUGCGGAGAAGGAGAACAACACUGGCGUGGUCAGCCAGAGCUUCCGCUGCAGCAUGAAAGGCUCUGGGAUCUCCAGCUAUGACAAGAACCCCCAGGAUGUCCCCCGCGUGUUCGAGGACUGCAUGGAGAAGGUCAGGGAGCAGGUGCCCGGCCCACGCCACGCCUCCACGCACCUCUACCUGGGCGCCACAGCUGGAAUGCGCUUGCUCAGGUUGCAAAAUGAGACAGCAGCCAACGAGAUCCUGGAGAGCAUCCGAGACUACUUCGAGGCCCAGCCUUUUGAUUUUCGGGGUGCCCAGAUCAUCACCGGGGAGGAAGAAGGGGUGUACGGAUGGAUCACAGCCAACUAUCUGCAGGGGAACUUCCUGGAGCGGACGCUGUGGCACGCGUGGGCUCACCCGCGCGGCGCGGGCACGGUGGGCGCGCUGGACCUGGGCGGCGCCUCCACGCAGAUCUCCUUCGUGGCGGGCGACGCGGACGCGGAGGCGGCGGCGCGGAACGGCAGCGGGCGCGUGCGCGUGAACCUGUUCGGCUACAGCUACCCGCUCUACACGCACAGCUUCCCCUGCUACGGCCGCCACGAGGCCGAGAGGAGGCUGCUGGCCGCGCUGCUGCAGGAUUCCCCCGCAGGGAGUGAGCUCAUCAACCCCUGUUACCCCCGAAACUACAGCACCGGCUUCACCCUGGGGCAGAUCUUUGGGAGCUUGUGCACGGAGAAACAGGCGCCGGCCAGCUACAACCCCGGCCUCACGGUGGCUUUCAGAGGAACUGGGGACCCGUCUCAGUGCAGGGAGAAAGUGGGCGCCCUGUUUGAUUUCCAUUCCUGCCAAGGCCAAGAAGAUUGUUCCUUUGAUGGUGUUUACCAGCCCAAGGUUCAAGGAGCCUUUGUGGCGUUUGCUGGGUUUUAUUACACGGCCAGUGCCCUGAACCUUUCGGGGAGCUUCUCCCUGGAUGCCUUUAACAGCAGCUCCUGGGGGUUCUGCAGCCACGCCUGGACUGAGCUCCCCUCCUUGCUCCCCAAAUUUGAGGAGGAAUAUGCCCGCUCCUACUGCUUCUCAGCCCACUACAUCUACCACCUGCUCGUCAACGGCUACAAGUUCACCCGGGACACGUGGCCUCAGAUUCAGUUCGAGAAAGAAGUGGGGAACAGCAGCGUGGGCUGGGCUUUGGGGUACAUGCUGAGCCUCACCAACCAGAUCCCAGCAGAGGCCCCCCUGAUCCGCCUGCCCGUUUCACCCCCCGUCUUUGUGGGUGUCCUGGCCUUCUUCACCACCACAACACUGCUGUGCUUGGCGUUCCUUGUGUAUCUCUGCUCGAGGUUCCGGGUCAGGAAGAGUUCCGAGCCGGCCUUCGAGCAGUCCCUGGAUGCUGAGUAA